AUGCUGGGCUGUGGCUGUGUACUACUCUCCUGUUUCCUGACGGUGACUCUCUUCCACUGCAGUGCUGUAAGCCUCCGCCUGACCCAGGAAAGACCAGAGUAUGCGGACUCUGGGUCACAGCCAGAACCUGGUUCUGUGUCCGGUGCGCUUGAGCAGAAGUCCUCUGGAGAUCUGAACAGUAAACUGUUCUUGCUGGACCAGCUGGUCCGCCUGGAGAACGACGUCAUUGAGACCAAGAGGAAGAGGAGCUUUCCUGGCUCCAACACCCCUCUGGACCGCCUGUCAGUCAGCAACAUGGACCCCAAGACCACCACCAAGCAGAGGAAGGUGGUCGAGUUGCCGCGCCGACGCGUCAGCGUCCCUAUCGAUCGGAUCGGAAUGGGACGUCUCCCCAACAGCCGGGGCUAG